GGAAUACUUGUGCAACAAAUUCAAGUCCUCAAUAUCUACUACUGUCUCGCUUACUUGAAGACUGCACGUGCCACGAAUCUACCCCACUUCCGAGAAGCUACCCUCAAUCAGGAAGCCCCUCAAGCUCACCUCAGUCACCUCACACGAACGACAGCUCAUCUCAAACUACGGCUCUCCACGCUUCAUUCCAUAUAACAGACGAACAAAAAGUAGGAAACCAUCCAGAUCCAUGCACUAAUAACAGGCCACCCCUUUUUGGUGACGCCCGAGCUUCGUCAAAUCCCCCCAACAUGGCCCACACCUUCCACAUCUCCAAAUCAGAACGCCACCUAAAAUGGGACAACUCCCUCCCUCCCGUAGCCACAGUCCCGUCAGGCAGUACACUCACCUUCGACCUGCUUGACGGCGGCCACAACCAAUUCACAGCAUCCUCCACCGACGCCGACAUCCUCACCUUCAACCUCUCGCUUGCAGACCCCGCGCACGGCCCCAUAUACGUAGAGUCCGCCGAGCCAGGCGACGUCCUCAAGAUCGAGUUCGUGGACCUCAGACCCGCGAGGUACGGCUGGACGGCCAUCUUCCCCGGCUCCGUCGGGUUCGGGCUCCUGCACGACGAGUUCCCCGAGCACAAGUUGCAGAUCUGGGAUCUCGAGACGCAUCGACAGGAUGGAUAUACCGUCUUCAAAGAAGGGAUUCAUGUCCCCGUCAACCCGUUCCUCGGCGUCGUCGGUCUGGCGAGAGAGGAGGCUGGGGAGUGGAGUACGAUCCCGCCGUAUGAGACGGGUGGGAAUAUUGACUGCAAACACAUUACUGUUGGUUCGGUGCUGUAUCUUCCGGUUAAGGUGAAAGGAGCGCUGUUUUCGUGUGGGGAUGGCCAUGCGGCCCAGGGGGAUGGCGAGGUUUGUGGGACGGCGAUUGAGACGCCGAUGAACGUCACGGUCAGGUUGACGGUUGAGAAGGGCAUGCAGUGGGUGGAGAGUCCGCAUUAUAUUACUUCUCAUGAACAUACGGCGAAUUUGGUUAGAGGGGGAGGGAAAGGGGAGUAUGCGGCACUCGGGAUUGACGCGGAUUUGAGGGAGGCUAGCAGGAAGGCGUUGAGGGGGUUGAUUAAUUGGCUGGUUGCGGAGAAGAGGUUAACCAGGGAGGAGAGCUAUAUUUUGUGUAGUGUGGCGGCAGACUUGAAGAUUGUGGAGGCGGUGGAUAUGCCGCACUUUGGAGUUGCUUGUAGUCUGCCACUAGGUGUAUUUGUUGGACCUCCAUAUAUAUAAAGGAUUACAUGCGAGUGCAAAGCAAGAAUUUACAUGGCCGCUGGGAAAUUAUUUUCAUUUUUAUGCGUUUCUUGCCUCCUACUAGCAUGUAUGAGCUUGCUGCUGGUUUUGGCUCUAUCUCGUAAGGAGUUGUAUAUCCUCAACCGAACUUGC